ACCUCUUCCCCAUACGGUACAUAUGUAGAAAAUAUGAACAAAAUCGGGCCAACGGUAUUUGAGUUAUUGCCCGGACGGAUGGACGGACGGACAGAGGUGUUCCCUAUAUCCCUCCGAACUUCGAUCAAUGAGAUAAAAAUUGACUAGACUAGCCCCCCCCCUAGCAAAAGGAUCAUGACAUAUUUCAAUUUUAUCUUUCCAAUCCUCUGUAAAGCCUCUUUAAAUGUUAAUCCAUAACAGAGAUGACAUUCCUACACAGCAGCAGAAUUUCCAAUUAGCUUAGAGACAAUCUUCUCAUAUAACACGUAAAUUGACUGUACUAUAUUGCACAAUUGAGUGGCGCAGCGAGUCAAUAGUCAUGGGAAGCGCUUGUAAAAAGCCACAAGAAUUACCUCCAAUUAACAUGAAACAAAACGUUGGAGAAGAACAGGAAAGAUGGAUUGCCCGAGUUAAAAUUAGCAGAACAGAAGACAUGGAAGAUGACCAAAGGGCCCAGAUCAGCCCAACAAAAGACGAGGAAAGUGUAAUACAAAAAUGGAAGAAAACACUCUAUGGGAUUAAAGUGAUAAAUGCAUCUCAAACAGAUAAUGAUGAUGAUGACGAUGACGAUGAUAAUGACGAUACAUUCAGUGAAAUUGAUGGCUUAAACAAUAGUGAAAACUAUAACUCUAAGGGGAUUCCAAAAGGUGUCACCAGUGCAUGGGGAAGUGAUCCAAACUUUAAAUUGAGAAAAAUUGAAGUUGAUGAAGGAUCAAAUAAGGUAACAUUUCUCGGUUCGAUUACCCAAAAUGAAACAUCAAACUGUGUCCCAUCAAGGAAGGUAAUAACACAAACAAAUUCAAAAUUGAAAAAUAAAGCAUUAAUUACUCAAUCAGUAACUCUUGUUGAGUCCUCCUCGAUAUUUUUGGACAGAGUGAUGAAACAAGAUUCCAAAAAUUCUCGCUCCGAGAGCCUUGAGGGAACAGAAUGUAUGCUACCAGGGGCAAUAACUGCUUCAGAGGCUCGAAGAUCAAAGUCAACCACACAAAUUCCUAUCAUUAUAAACAACCCUACUAGUGAGCAUGGUAUGCAUGUUAAGAAGGAAUCUCUUGCACCAGGGACGUUACUUCCACGGUGUGCAACUCUAAUCGAAUUACCACCAGUUCUUUAUGAGAGCCUUGACAAAACAGAAGGUGAUUCAACUGGAUCUCGAUCAAGUGAUAGGACAAGCAACAAUCCAGAAUCAACUACUUAUGACUAAAGAUUCCACCCACCCAGUGAAUAAGGCACAGUUUGUUGGAAAGACAUUCUGACCUCAAGGAUUUUGAUUCCGUGGCAAGCUUCUACCACAAUAUUGAUAGUUUAUGAAAUAAUCUAAUUCUUCUCAACAUUGUAUGGCUGUAUGGGAUCCAUAUUGCAAAUUAAUAUCCAACAGAGC